AAUUGUUUAAAUUGAUCAUAAUUAAUUUAAUAUACAUUUUCAUGUCAAUUAAUUUAUUAUUCACUGUUAUCCUGCAAUAUCCAGAAACUAGGCAAGAGAAUUAUACAGUCCAAUCAAAGAUUGUCGUUUUUAACAAUGAAUAAAAACAGCACCAAAUCAAAGCCUGCAAAAGAGGCUAUUAUUGUACAAUGUGUUCAACCUUAUGCGAAUCAUCUUUAUAAGUCUUAUAACAUAAACAUACCCGUGGACUAUCUUCUCAAAAAAGCGAAAAACUAUAUUAGGGAGAAUGGAAAAUCUAUAAUUGUCAUUCCUGAUUUAGAGAUAUUAGGAGGUUAUUUUAAAAUAAGUAAUGGAACCUUGAGAGAUUUUUCAAGUCUGAAAAGAAUGGGAAAUGCAACUAUAUCCAACACAGGAAGUAUACAAGCUAAAUUUGGAUUUUCCACACUUAAAUUAAAGUGUAAUUAUGAGCUUAUAAUUGGCUCCACGGUCAUCAGUGGCAACAUAUUCGCAGCUAUUAAUGGAUUAGGAAUAGCGACGAAACUAAAUGUUAAUUAUGAUAAAACAUACGACGUGAAUUUGGAGUACUUCAAAAUAAAUCAUGGUAAAAUCACUGUAAAAAUGACUGGUCUAAUUAAUUUAAUAAAUUUCAUAAUCAGUCAAUUCUCUUCAUUAAAUGAAUUGAAUACUAUAUUGUACGACAUGAUCGAAGUUACAAUCAAUAAUUUCAUUAAAGAGCAAAUUACAUUUCAUUUGUAAUUUAUAAUGAAGUCUUUCAAUUAUAAUCAUGCAAACCGUAUGAAUUAACAAUCUUUCAGUAAUGCGAUAAGUAUAGGUUUUAAAAAAUCCCACUAUAUAGGAUAUACCCAAGCAGAACAGCAAGUCACGAUAACGUUAAAAUGAAUCGAAAAUGAUUGAAAAAUGACUUUUAAUGAUUAUUUUGGAGUCAUU